AUGAACGUCCGUGGAAAGACAGUGUACGUGAAGUAUGCGUGGAUCGACGGAAAGAUCGAGGAGAACGUGUCGAUAUCGGUGGACGAGGACGGAAGAAUAGUGGGAAUAAACAAGAAAAUGUUCGAGGAAAGUGUGAAUCUGAAGAAUCACGUGCUCCUUCCGGGAUUCGUUAAUACGCACUCUCACGCUUUCCAUAGACAUUUGAGAGGAAGAUCCGAGAUCGGAAGAUCGGCGGCCGACACUUUUUGGAAGUGGAGGGACAAUAUGUACGGACUGGUGGCCGAGGUGACCAAGGACAAGAUCUAUGAGGUAGCCACGAAGACCUAGAAGAACCCUACACAAACGAGAACUUGCAGUACUGUCUGUCGACGUUCAAAGAGAUGCUCAACGCAGGGAUCACAACCGUCGGGGAAUUUCAUUACGUCCAUCACUCGGAGCAACGAUUCGACCUCGAUCAAUCUGUGAUUCAAGCUGCCAUUGAUUCUGGCAUCAGAAUUGUCCUUCUUCAGGUUUCAACCGUUUUGUUUUCCAUCGAAACAAGAUGCUUUCAGACCCUUUACGAACGCGCUGGCUUUGAGAGUCCGGCGGUUCAUCCGGUCCAAGAGAGAUUCAUUUCCUCCUACGACGAAUUUGUGCACAACCUCGAACAGCUGAGAAAGGAGCAGAGUCACCCGCGGGUGCAGAUCGGAGUGGCUGCUCACUCCGCAAGGGCAGUUCCUUUCGAAAACAUCAAACGGCUUUUCGAGUACGCGAGUCAGGAACGCAUUCCAUUUCACAUUCAUCUGGAGGAGCAGCCCAAGGAGAUUCUCGACUGCCAGAAGUGGGCGGGUCAGAAGCAGGUGAGUGCUUCUAACUGCACACAUCCAGAAGAUUCUCUGCAGGGCCCAAGUGACAUUCUGCUCUCCGAACUUCAUUUGAACGAGUACUUCACAGCUGUUCACGCCACUUUCACUCCCCAAAACAACAUGAUUCAGUUCGCAAAACUAGGUGCCAAUGUGUCAAUUUGCCCGUGCACCGAAGGAUAUCUCGGCGACGGAAUCCCGAGAAUCAAUGAGAAUCUGAAGAUUAGCUUCGGAACGGACUGCAACAAUCGCAUCUGUUUCCUGGAAGAAAUGCGAUGGGCGUGCUUCUCUCAGCAGGUAUUUAUCAUAUCGUUGAGAGAGAACGUCUGAAAGUGAUUCAGAUGCUGAACAAUUCGAGAAGUGUCUGUGGACUCUCCCCCGAGAAACUGCUACAAUGCGCCACGAUCGACGGCGCCCGAGCCCUUUCCCUCAGCUCCACAGCUGGAAGUCUCGAGGUAUUUCGUGCAUCUUAACCUCUCUAUUUACUGUUUUUGCAGCUCGGAAAGUACUUCGACGCCGUCUCUUUCUCUCUGGACUCUCCGCUUCUCGGGCACUCUCUCGCCGACACUCUCGUCGAUUCGCUCGUUCUUUCGGCUGGCAACCGAGAGAUUUCGCAUGUUUUUGUGGCCGGAGUGGAUAGAAAAACACGAUAA